AUGCCAACAGCACUAUUGCUUUUGCUUUUGAUAGUGGGUGUUGCGAGCUAUGCUGAAGAAGAUAACGCCAGUCCACCUAGUUUAAUUCGUGCAAAACGUCAAUGGGGUUUUGGACUAUACAAUCCAUAUUGGGGAUAUGGAUAUUAUCGUCCGUGGGGAUUCGGCUAUCGCCCAUGGAACUACUUCUACCGUCCAUGGUGGAGCUAUGGCUAUGGACCAUGGAAACAAUGA